AAAAGGACAGAGGCCUAUUCUUCCUAAUCCUCCACUUCUUCUCCCUCCUUUUGCCACACCAUAUAUCUCGCUCUCUUAAAAUAAAAACUGUAAAAAAAAAGAAGAAGCUAUAUUUAGCGUUUCUUUUUUGUUAAAUUCCAGUUUAGUCCCUCAAUAUCCACUCUCCUUUUCAAAAUCACCCCUUUAAUUCACUUCUUGUUUUUGUCACUUAAAAAAGAACUACCCAUUUUAAAGCUACAAUGUUCUCCCUUUCUUUGGGGUAAAAAUCGAAUCUUCUUCCAUAAAAUAGACAAAAAACUAAUACCCAUUUGGCUGUUAUGUCCGUACAGAUAAGACUUUUGGAAAAGCAGCAUCAGUUUCUUCAGCAAAUCCUCUCCCCAACUUGGUGGUUCUUUUUAGUUGGUGGGUGAAGAAUUUGUUGAAUCUUAAGAAAAGUGCAAAUUUUGAGUUUCUAUUAUAGGAAAGAUAAAAUUUUUGGGUUGUUUAAGGGAAUGGAAUCGAUUUUUGAUUCGAUUUAAGUAGUAAAAAAGCUCCUUUCAACUUUGGAUUGCCUGAAGAUUUGAUAUUAGCUGUUUUAGUGGGUGUGUUGAAUAUGGUUCUUGUUGAAUCUUGGUAGAGAAGGAGAGAUUUUGGGGGGAUUUGUAUUAAAGAGUGAGGAGCUUUUGAGGUGGUAGAAGUAAUGAUGUUGAAAAAUGAUCCAAUUGAAUCGAUUUCGAAUUCGCUUCAGUUUAUAAAAGAAGCAUGUUUCCCUCUCGAAUUGGGUAUUAAGAAGGCUGCAAAAGGUCUUGAAAGUUGUUGGGGAGUGUCAAAUGAUAAAGGAAAUAAUGUUGAAUUGAUUGCCCAAUUGAAUGGUAGUGAUAGGAAUGGUAAGGUUCAAAUCUACAGUCUGAAGAAGGGUAGUGGUAGUUUUGGAACUGGUGUUAAUAAUGGGCUGUGUUGUGUUGGUAGUGAAGAGAGAAAGAAAGGGCUGUCUAUUAAGGUUCCCAUCAAGGAACUUAUGGGAAUGUUUUCGCCGGCAAAUGGACAGAACAAUGAGAAGGUUGAGGUGGUUAGCAAAGGAUUGAAAGAAAAGGAUGUGGAUAGAGAUGAAGGGUCUUGUAUGAAUUGCUUGCAGUUCGCAGUGUCUUGGUCAGUGUUAGUUAAUGGUUUUGUCCAGGCUAUGCCGAGCUCAUUUAAGCCAGGGAGGAAACGAAUUCGGAAAAUAGAUGACAAAGAUACAGGGUGUCUGUUGUGUACUAAUGACAUGAAAUCAAAGGCUCCAUUUGAGUUUAAGUGCAGAGAGUCGAGGGCUCAGUUUAUUGCAAAGAAUGAGGGUAUGGAACAUAAUGAUGGGAAACAUGUAUCAUUUGAGUGCUUUAUAGGGUUUAUAUUUGAUCAGUUGACUCAAAAUCUUCAGAAGUUUGAUCAACUUCUUCAGGAAAGUAAUGAAAAGCAUUGUGAUUGUCCACCAACUCCAUCUUCUCCCUCUCAGUUUGAUCAUUUUAAAGCAGUGACAAGUAUUUGGGAAGGUAAAAAGGUUUAUGUUAAUGGGUUUUUGGGAAAUUUGAAGUUUGCUAGAGUGGGAGGUGUUCCAUCAGGUAUAGUUGGAGUUGGUUCUUCAGUGAAUAAAGAGGGUGAUGAUGGUGUUAGUACCAGCGGUAAGGAAGAAACAGGUGGUAAUUCCCCACAGAAACUGGCCAGUGGGUUACUUAGCAUUCCUCUGUCAAAUGUGGAGCGUUUGAGAUCUACCUUAUCCACUGUCUCACUGACGGAAUUGAUUGAGCUUCUACCACCUUUGGGCCGCUCUUCACAAGACUAUCCUGACAAGAAAAAAUUAUUCUCUGUCCAGGAUUUCUUCAGAUACACAGAAUCUGAAGGGCGGAGGUUCUUUGAAGAACUGGAUGGAGAUGGUGAUGGUCAAGUAACUUUAGAAGAUCUUGAAGUUGCUAUGAGAAAAAGAAAAUUGCCACGGAGAUAUGCUCAGGAAUUUUUGCGCCGCACUAGAAAAAAUCUAUUUUCAAAAUCUUUCGGUUGGAAGCAAUUUUUGUCCCUGAUGGAACAGAAGGAGCCAACCAUUCUUCGAGCUUAUACUUCUCUUUGUCUAAGCAAGUCUGGGACCCUCCAAAAAAGUGAAAUACUUGCAUCACUAAAAAAUGCUGGACUUCCAGCAAAUGAAGACAAUGCUGUUGCUAUGAUGCGAUUUUUAAAUGCAGACACUGAAGAAUCUAUUUCAUAUGGGCACUUCCGCAAUUUUAUGCUUCUGUUGCCUUCUGACCGACUACUUCAAGAUGAUCCUCGGAAUAUCUGGUUCGAAGCUGCAACUGUCGUUGUUGUUGCACCACCCGUGGAAAUUCCUGCUGGAAGUGUUCUUAAAUCUGCAUUGGCAGGGGGUCUUUCAUGUGCACUCUCCACAUCUUUAAUGUUCCCAGUUGAUACUAUAAAGACUCGGGUGCAGGCAUCAACCCUGACUUUCCCUGAAGUUAUUUCAAAGCUUCCACAAAUUGGAGUACGGGGGUUAUAUAGGGGUUCAAUCCCUGCAAUUCUUGGACAGUUUUCAAGCCAUGGCCUGCGAACGGGAAUAUUUGAAGCAUGUAAGCUUGUAUUGAGCAAUGUUGCUCCAAACCUCCAUGACAUCCAGGUUCAAUCCAUGGCAUCAUUCUGCAGCACAUUUUUGGGAACAGCAGUGCGGAUUCCUUGUGAGGUACUGAAGCAGCGUUUACAGGCUGGCCUUUUUGACAACGUUGGAGAAGCUCUUGUUGGUACUUGGCACCAGGAUGGUCUGAAGGGUUUUUUCCGUGGUACCGGGGCCACUCUCUGUCGUGAGGUGCCAUUCUAUGUUGCUGGGAUGGGCCUUUAUGCUGAAUCUAAGAAGCUUGCCCAGCAACUUCUACGACGGGAACUGGAACCUUGGGAAACGAUCGCAGUUGGAGCUUUAUCUGGAGGGUUAGCUGCUGUUGUCACUACACCUUUUGAUGUCAUGAAAACCAGAAUGAUGACUGCUCCAGGGGGCCGACCGGUAUCAAUGUCAAUGGUAGCCUUAUCUAUAGCCCGCCAUGAGGGACCUCUUGGUCUGUUUAAAGGAGCAGUACCCAGGUUUUUCUGGAUUGCUCCCUUAGGAGCCAUGAACUUUGCCGGCUACGAGUUGGCAAGGAAGGCAAUGGACAAAAAUGAAGACGCGGCUACGAAUCAACUCUCCCAAAAGAAAUUGGCUAAUUCUGGAUAUUGUACAUCAGAAAUUGACAUCCUGAGGAAACAGGCUAGGCAAAUGAAAAAAUUUUUCCCUUAAAACAUGGAUAU